UCUCAAAUGACAGUUGUCAAUAUUCAACGUGUAUUGGGAAUGCAUUUUUAAAUUAAAAAUAUAUUUCAAUAAGUGUUAUGUUUUUAUUUAUUAUUAAUUGUAAUUUCCUUCAAUAAAAAUGUUUGCCUCUAAAGUUUAUAAAUAUGCCAGAGUUGCGUCGUUAUUAAAAUUAAAUAAAAAUGUUACGGCUCAAUCAAGUUCAUUACUUGUUCAACAAAAAAGGCAUAAGAGUGAUUUAUAUGAACCUGACUAUUUGAUCAGCAUGGAACCUGAUGAACCUGUUUAUGAUUGCUUAAAUAUACAGAUUAAGGGAUAUGAUUACACAUUGUUAGAAAAUUGCCAAAAAGAAAUCCAUAGAUAUGCUGAAGUAAUGGGUAUACAGGUAGAUGAAUGUUGGGCAACACCUGCUAAACAAUUAAAGAUACAACGGUUUAAGCCUGGAGGUACAGCCAUUGAUUCUGAAUACCAAUUAAGUAUUUAUGAAAGAAAUGUUCAGGUGGUAGAUGUACCCGCAUGGGCACUAGGCACAUUAUUGCGAGUGUCUCGCGCCCUUUUACCGGAGGGUUGUACACUUAAUGUUCAUGAGCAUACAGUAGAACAUGAAGACAUAAGAUAUGUGCCUGAUAAUGAACUACUCGACCUAAAACAGCAAUUAGAGGAUAUGGGAGGCAGUCGCCCUGAAAAGAAGAAGAGACGAUAGUGUAAACUAGUCUUAAUAAUGUUGUAGAUUAUAGGUGAAUAAAUAGGUUUGAACAGAU